GACAUUCUGUGACUGCACCUGAAGGCUGCACAACACAAACACACCGUCUUCGCUCUCUCUGUUUCCACAGCCCAGCAGCACAUAACCGCUACCUGUCAGGCGGAAUGGACGUAUCCUCCAGCGCUCCCAGCUUCACCCUCAGCCCGGCGGAGCUGCGGGACAAGCCUGGCCCGACAUGACAGCGCCGGCACGGGAGAAGAAAGCCCGCCAGCAGCCGCGGCUGACCGUCCGGCCGGAGGCGGUGUGGGCUGCCGGACGCUGCGCCGUGCUGGCCGCCCUGUGCGUCCUAUGCUAUGGCAACUCUCUCCGCGGGGAGUUGGUGCACGACGACGUGUGGGCUAUCAUCAACAACCCGGACGUCCGACCCGGGUCCAGCCUCCGAAACGUCUUCAGCAAUGACUUCUGGGGCAAGAGGAUGGCGGACAACACGAGCCACAAGUCCUACAGACCACUGUGCAUCCUCACCUUCAAGUUGAACAUCCUGCUGGGCGGUAUGAACCCUCUGUAUUUCCACAUUGUCAACGUGUGCUUGCACUGCGCCGUGACCUGCCUGCUCAUGCACACGUGCCAACGCUGUGUGUUCGAAAACCCACGGCUGGCCUUCGUCACAGCACUCCUGUUCGCCGUGCACCCCGUCCACACUGAGGCUGUGUCCGGCAUCGUUGGCAGGGCUGACGUCUUGGCCUGUCUGCUGUUCUUGCUCACAUUCCUCUCCUAUAUUAGGAGUGUGGGUGCGUGUGUCUCUGAGGACUCUCUGCCUUCCAUGGUGUCGCCGUGGUCUCUGCUCGUCAGUUUGCUACUGGGCACCUGUGCGAUGUUGGUCAAAGAGACUGGCAUCACAGUGUUCGGAGUGUGCUUGUUGUACGAUGCCCUGGUGCUCUGCCGCAAGCCCCUCAUCAAUCACCUGUCUGCCUCAAGACUCAGGGACCUCCUCCAGAUUUCCUGCCCCUUCAUCAAGCGAGCCGGCCUCAUCUCUGGUUAUGUGGUGAUGAUCAUGUCUGUCCGGCUGUGGCUGAUGGGAGGAUCCAUGCCUCUUUUCUCUGAACAGGACAACCCGGCCUCAUUCUCACCUCACUUGUUUACCAGGAUCUUAACAUACUCGUACCUGCUGUCCUUUAAUGCCUGGCUGCUCUUGGCCCCCAUUGUGCUGUGUUACGACUGGCAGGUGGGCAGCAUUCCACUGGUGGAAUCACUGGUUGAUGUGCGUAACAUAGCCACUGUGCUGCUGGCUGUGGUGAUGGCCACUCUCUGCCUACGCUGCGUCUUCUCACUGCAGAGGCAGGAGAGCAGGGAGUUGUUGGUGGGAAUGCUAUUUCUGGUGUUUCCCUUCAUUCCUGCCAGUAACCUGUUCUUCAGGGUGGGAUUUGUUGUGGCUGAGAGAGUUCUCUACAUGCCAAGUAUGGGGUACUGCAUCCUGGUGGCUCAUGGCCUGGGUCGGCUUUGUUCGGUGGUAUGCCGUUGGGGCACCACAGUCCUCAGUGUUUCUAUGCUACUGCUGCUCUUGCUCUUCUCCUGGAAAACAGUUCAACAGAACAACGUUUGGCUUUCCAGGGAGGCCCUCUUUCGCUCUGGUAUCCAGACUCUGCCUCACAAUGCCAAAGUCCACUACAAUUACGCUAACUUCCUGAAAGACAACGGUCGGCACCAGGAGGCCAUUCACCACUACAACACUGCCCUGAGGUUGUACCCCCGUCACGCCAGCGCCAUGAACAACCUUGGCACUCUGACUCGCAGCACGGAGGAGGCUGAGCGCUAUUACAGGAAAGCCCUGGACAUCAACCCUCAGCAUAACCGAGCUCUGUUUAACCUGGGAAACCUCCUCAAGUCGAAAGGCAAGGAGAAAGAGGCCGAGGUCUUGCUGAAGGACUCCAUACGUUUUGGUCCACAUUUUGCUGAUGCUUACUCCAGUUUGGCAUCACUCUAUGCUGAACAGAAACGCUUUGCUGAAGCCAAUGAAGUAUAUUUAAAAGGUAUAGAGAACUGUCCAGACAAUUCUGACCUGCAUAACAACUAUGGAGUGUUUCUGGUGGACACAGGAGAAGGGGAACUGGCAGCCGCCCACUACCAGCAAGCAGUACGACUCAAACCAGCACAUUACGUUGCCAUGGUGAAUCUGGGCCGUCUGCUCCGAUCAUCCAAUGAGAACAAAGAAGCUGAGACUUGGUACAAAAGGGCACUGCAGGUGACGAGGAAGGUGGACAUCUUGACCCCCCUCGGAGCACUGUAUUACAACACAGGUCGUUACGAGGAGGCUCUGCAGGUGUACAGAGAGGCCGCUGCCCUGCAGCCAGACAGUACAGACAUCUGGCUGGCUCUGGCUCAGGUUUUAGCCAUGGCUGGUCGCACCAAAGAGGCGGAGAAGAUGACCCUGGAUAUUAUAUCCAGAGAAAGCAGCUGUAUUGAAUGUUACCGCCUUCUGUCUGCCAUCUACAGCAAGCGUGGCAACUACACAGAGGCUCUGGAUGCUCUGGACAGGGCCCUGCAGCAGAAUCCCAGUGAUCUGACAGUGAGAGCCGAGCUGCAUUUCUCCAAAGGAAACCAGCUUAGAGAGAUGAACCAGCUGGACAGAGCCUUCGAGAGCUACAAGCUGGCUGUCGAACUCAAACCUGACCAGUCUCAGGCCUGGAUGAACAUGGGGGGGAUUCAGCACAUCAAGGGAGACUAUGCAGCUGCUAGGAUGUACUACCAGCGUGCCCUGCUUCUGAGUCCUGGUUCCAAACUUCUCAAAGAAAACCUUGCUAAGCUGGACCGUCUGGAGAGGAGACUGACAGGGGGCGCUUAGACCACAGCGAUCCUACUGACACAGCACCGUCCCGGUCACAGAGCGGGGCACUGUUCAGCCCAGACACCAGCAGCUAAACUGCUGGAUAAAACCAGCCUGUGCCCGUGUGGAACUUAGAAGAAUUGCACGUUGUUCAGACUCGAACCUGGUGUGCUGGAGGCUAAGAGACUGAUCAAGCCAAGGUCCAGAAGCCUUUCCUGUGGCAAGCAGAAAGGAAAGGCUGGUUGAAGAGCACUGGAAGCUCCAUGCAUUGGCCUGUCUGCAUCAGCUUUACUUCAACAUACAGUUUGAUUGUUUUGUCAUUUAAAUUCUUGUGAAGUUAUUUCCUUUAUGGCACUUAAUUAUAGACUAUAAUUCAGUCUUCUGCUCUGCCUUUGAGAAUUAUUCAUGUACAGUACUUACAUUAGUGCAGCGCUUAACAAAUAUUACUUUAAUGGAGGGAAGGAGCAUUGGAGUUCUUUCUUGGUCUUUUGAUCCAGUAUGUACAUUAAAAUGAUCUAAGCUCAGAGGUCCAUUUACUAACUUUGGGGAGUUUCCAGUCACAUCUCAGGACUCGGAACCAAAGUCACAUGACCUCAUGCAAGACCCUCUUAGAACUGUGACUCGAGCACGAUUCUAAGCUCGCCCUUCAUUUUAAUUUAUGUGAAGAAAUCCUACCCACAGAUUGGAGCAGAGUUUCAGUAGCAAUCAAGGAACAUUGCUGAAUGAGACUCAAUUCAAGGCCUAAAGCAGGAGGUUAAUAUGCUUUAAUUAUUAGUUUUCUGUAAAUCUAAAAAGUUACAUAAGAGAUUACAUUUCAACCUGUGAAACAAAUGUGAUGUGUGCAUUAAUGUACAGUAGCACAUUUCACUGUAUGUGUGCUACUCCAAACCUACAGCUAGGUUGUGAUCACAUUACAGUGUUAGAGAGGGCACCUUAAUAAAGAGAUUGCAUUUGGUCUUUUAGCAUAGCACUGAUUGAGUCAGUAAAUUAUCUCAUCUACAUCUGACCCAUUAGCAGUUCAUAUAAUCUACCACUUGUAACAUUUGUUAUUUGCACAUCACCAUAGAGCGAGAGGCCUGCUUACCUCAAUAUUUACUGAAUGCACUGAAAAAACAGACCAAUAUACCAAACCAGAUGAGAUGGCUGUUGAUGUCCAGUAAUGUCACCAGCAAACACCCCUUACACCCUCACAGCUAUUUCUUUGUGUCUCAUGGAAGCUGAGACAAAAAGUGGGACAUUUAAAUUCAUCAUAACAAAGACCAGAUUGACAGAUGACAGAUGACACUAGACCACUGGUCUAGUGUCUUUUUUCUUUGUUCAAGCAAUUCCUCUUCAUCUUCUUCUUGGUCUUCCUCAGUUGUUCCUCUCAUAGACUGUAUAUAAAGAUGGCCUCAAAUGUGAACCCAAAGCAAGUAGAGCUCCCCUUGGUGUCUGGCUGCAGUAUUGGUCAAAAGCUCCGCCCACUUCAUGUUAGUGGAUGGGACUUGGGCCAAAGUAAAACACUAAAAUAUUAAAAAAUAUUUAAAGGACAGUUUCUGUCACGUCCAAGUGUCAAAGUGUCCGGAACGUGACAUAAUGGUGACCACCAGUUGCCAUGCCAACCACUCCAUAAAGCGGUCCCAUGGGACUGUAAGAGUUGUAAAAAGCAAUUUUUAAAAAUAAGGACAGUGUGUAAUCUAACAUUUCUUUGUAACUGGUGGUUCCUCGUGGUUUCACCAUCAGACCGUGCUGUGCAGACUCUGGCUCCAAAGUUGCAGGAUGGUGCCUCCCAUUGGCCAGUGCAAGGAAGUAGGAACACAGCUUCCAUAUUUAUAUACAGUCUAUGGUUCACAUGAAAGGCCUGCUUAAUCCAGAUUCCUUCCAAUGCUUGAUACUCAUGGGAAGCUUCAGUAUGGGCUUGAUAGUGGUUUGUACUACAAAACACAUACUUUUUCUCUUGCUCUGCAGUUACACUGAUAACAUUGAUUUAAGUGUACGUGUAGUUUGGGCAUGCUUUUGUGUCAUUUAACAGCAUAUUGAUGUAGCCCAGUGUCACUGACCAUACAUUUAAUGUGGUUUUAGACCCAGAAUUCAGUGAAUGAAUAAAUCCAAAUCAAGGAAGCAUUAACAGGUUCCAAAUUAGGUAGUUUGGAUGAUAAAUUAUAAUAGUCAUCAAAUUUGACCGUCUUUGAUCUGAUACCAGCAUUAUGAAUUUUAAACCACAUGGUGAACACCUGAACGAGCUCCAUUUGCUGAAGGCGACUAUGCAGUUGAAAAGCUACUAAGUGGACCUUUGAGUUUAUUUUAUAGUGUAACACUAGGGAAAUGAGGGAACAAUAUUAAUUUAAUGGAAUACUGUAAUCAGUGAAUACAACAGAGGCUGCUUUUAUAAAGCUCUGAGAUUAUCCGACUUGUUAAAAAUGUAAUUAGAUAUCAGCUGCUUCCUCUUGAGACAAACCAUGUUCACCUGACCUCCAUUCCCAGAUGUGGCUACGGUGUUCAGCCUGAUGCCACAAGCCUUCUGCUAGUUCAAUAAGCUAGUGUGUCUGCUCCGGCAUGGAGCUGAAACCUGUGGCUUUCUUGUACCAUAACCUCUGAAAGUUGCCAUUUGAUUUCUCAUUGUGGUUUUGUUGAAAGUGCUGUUGACUGUGAAUGAAUUUUUGUUGUGGAAUGACAAUGGGAUGGAAAUGAAGUGACGUAGUGCGAGGACUGGCUCGCACAAAGAAAAUAAAGUUUAUGUUUUAUUAAA